AUUUUUUGUACUGGUUAGCAGCAAUGUUAUCUAAUCAUGUAACCAUGUCUUCCCUGCCCUCGGAGAGUGUCAAAAAAGUCUGCACAAGAAUGUAUAAAAUACAACUUCGAUCGAUUGGUUCAGUCUGCUCCAUGAAAUGAGAUAAAACUGGCCAAGGUUGAGCUUCCAGCAGCAUCAAAGUGCAGGUUACAUUGUUUAUCUGGACGCGAUAGUGCAAACGUUCUGCUUUUUAUACAGUGGCAACAAUGCAAGCGGAAAGCAUAAAGUCUCGGGUUAAAAGGCAGUUACCAUUCACUGGUUUUACUAACUUUCAAGGCAAAAGGGAAAAAUGUCAUGCAACUGCGACUGACCAAGAAAACUUGAUUCCAAUUGACCAGCAACUUACUUUGGAAAAUAUAAAGCAUUUCAAAACUAAGUUGAAACAAGUCGAGGUUCUGCCGACUGUUAAGGAGAUCCAGGAAACAGCAGGUGGACACCAAUGUGAAAGCGUCCAAGAACCAGGACAGAUCAAAAAGAUUUCAAAUUCUAAAAAGGUUCACAUUGCUUUCCUUGCAGACAAAUACGAGCCUUUGAUCGAAUCUUUGGGAGAAAGUCUAAAUGAGGAGAGCAAAGCGGACAAAAAAUACAAAAGGAAACAAAAGCUUAAAAAAUGCAGGAAGAACUUUUUAAAAGUCCUUCGCACUGGAUGGAAAUACUUUGUACUUGGCAUUCAAGAAUUUUCAAACAAUUACACAAUGCCGUACGCGACUUCUUUUACUGUGAUUACUGAGAUGCGCUGAAGGACUGGCAACAUUGUGGGAUUUCACAUAUUGCAUUGUGUUUCCAUUUUAAUGAUACAAAAUAUUGAAUUUGUUGUUUGUAAUUUCAAAUCUUCAAUUUUCAAUUUGCAACUGUACUGUUUUAAAGUAUUAAAUGAUGGUUCUCUCACAAGGUAAAGUGAAAGGCUAUGAUAAAUCUGGCAUUAUGAAUCUCGAAUACAUGCACUACCUUUUUGAAAAAGAGAAUUGAUAAACCUAAGGCAAAUAUAUGGCUUUUGUUCAUGAUUGCUACUGCCGAUAUAUUAUGUUGUCAUGAACUGUAUUCAUUUAAAUAGAACCCUUUUCUCAUUCUAAUUGCUAUUAAAUUAUAGAUUUUAUAGAUUAAUACUUUCCUUAUAUGUUGUAAUUUAUCUAGAAUUUUUAUCUUCUUUCCAUUGUAAUCUGGAUCAAUCGAUAACAGGUGUUAAAAACCUAUACCUGUUCCUUUUUAUUGUGCUUUUCUUGCAAUGAUUGACCAAACUUGACUUUCCAGCUCUGAGCUAUUAUUAAGCCGUUUAACUCAGUUUGUUAGGAAUGGUAGAAAACUGACUGUAUGUAGCGACAGCAUAUUCUACAGAUAUUAAUCCUGUUCUGAGUUCUCCACAACAAAUUUUAAUGCAAAUUGUAACAAAAAAAUUGAAAAGAGCUAAGGAAACAUUCACUUGUAAAGGCUUAUUAACACUUUGUUCGUGAUUUCAUCAGAACAUGAUUUUUUUUUCUGCUGAAUGCAAUAACCAGAUAGGAAAUACCUCAUUUAAAAAAGCAGAAAAAUCUUGAAAAACAUACACAAAUUUUCAAUCAUCAUCUGUGGAGAGGACUGCUGACAUUUUGAUUAUGUUCCCUUAAGGUACUAAUGUGAUCAGAAAAUUGAAGGUAAAUAUAUAUUUCAAUAAAAAUAGGCAAACAAAGAGGAGGUAUCAGUGGAAUAAUAACAGAUUAUCUCAAUUAGUAGAUAAAAGUAUUACAACUCUAAAGGAGCACCUUGUGGAAUCAGCACGCUGAGUUAAAACAAAUAGUUGUUUGGUAGUACAGAACUGGAGUAUUGCUGAAAAAAGAGAUUAUUUUUUGUCGAAGCUUUUUGUCUUCACUCACCAGAACAAUUCACAAGAAAAUAUCGAUGUCAGGGAAAACAACAUAUUUAUACUGUAUUAGAAGAAAUUGCUGAUUUGCAGGCAAGUGGACUCUGAUUGGUAGAGGCAUUGCCAUGGAAAAUACACCAGUGGAUGAUAGCUGACAGUUAACUGCCAAGAAUUGUUUGAAAUUUAAGGCAGGCAGCUUGACUCUGAUUGGUCAAGACAUUGCCCUGGGGAAUGAAUCAAUGAUGGCUGCAUUUACUUUGUUUAGCUGAAACAGGCCCAAUGUUCUUUCUUUCUGUCUGCAAAGAUCAGGGCUCCAUGUAUUAAUAUAUGUAGCUUCUACUACGUGCAAAUGUGCCACACUGCAAACCCGACUGACAACCUGAAAUUGAUUGUCAGUCUAAUUCUUAGCAUACUGAGGAUUAUUUAGAAAAGGUUGUCCAAUUGCAGAAUCACAUCUAAUAUUGGACACUGUGCUUUGAGUUUUGCAAGCACAGUCUGAUUGGGUAAGGUCCCUACCUUGCCCAUUGCGAACAAUGGAAGAGGGACAUGCUAUCCUUGGGACAUAUAAACAAAAAAUGUCUCUUUUUUCAGUAAUACUCGAGUUAAAAUAGCUUUUUGGUGAACAUUGGAUGCAUUGUAUAAGUGGGUCUAAGAGUUUCUUCCUAAAACUAGCUGCUGGAAUGUGUGAAUGUCACUUCUCCAAGCCUUUAAUGGUCUGGGAGAUGUUGGGCCGGCUCAUCACUAGUAUUUAUAGCAAUAAAAUGAAUUGUCAUAUAACCAUGGUAACAGAAUGAGGCUAGUGUAUCUUGGUGCCUCCACUUUGUUAUUCCUUUCCUGUAAUUUUGUACUUUGAUAGUAUGCAUGGGAUGUAGAAAUCAAAGGUAGAAUUAGUGUAAGAGUUGUGUCCACUUAUGCUGGAUUGCGCAGUGUCUGAUGUAUCUAAGUACUUAUGCUGAAUUGUGUAAUAUGAGUUUAUUAAAGACUCAUAUAAUUCAUACUGGAAUCAUGAAGUGUGAUAUCCCAGAAGACCUGAU